UAAUACGGAUCUCUCAUUGCUACCUUUAACAGCAUUAGCCUCUGGAAGCACUUGAUCAAGAGUGAAAAACAAAAAAAAUGAUGGGUACCCUUAAGGUGUCCAACAGUAGUUUAUACAUAUUUUCGAAGUUCCUAGUAAUUUGUAUGGUGAUGAUAUCUUCUUUGGUUGAUUCAAGUUAUUCCUUGUGUGAUUUUGAGGCAAUCUUCAAUUUCGGGGAUUCAAAUUCGGAUACGGGUGGGUUUCAUACAAGCUUUCCAGCACAACCUGGUCCCUAUGGAAUGACGUACUUCAAAAAACCAGUGGGGCGUUCUUCUGAUGGAAGGCUCAUUGUUGAUUUUCUCGCUCAGGGUCUUGGAUUGCCAUAUUUGAGCCCAUAUCUGCAGUCAAUUGGAUCGGACUAUACUCAUGGGGUUAACUUUGCAUCUUCGGCCUCCACUGUGAUUCCGCCCACAACUUCCUUCUUUGUCAGUGGGCUAAGUCCAUUUUCCCUCUCUGUUCAACUCAGGCAAAUGGAGCAAUUCAAAGCCAAAGUUGAUGAAUUUCAUCAACCAGGAACAAGGAUAUCAUCUGGAACGAAAAUUCCUUCACCGGAUAUAUUUGGAAAGGCCCUUUACACGUUCUAUAUUGGCCAAAAUGAUUUCACUUCCAAAAUAGCAGCCACUGGUGGUAUUGAUGCAGUGAGGGGCACCCUUCCUCACAUCGUUUUACAAAUUAAUGCUGCUAUCAAGGAGCUAUAUGCACAAGGGGGGCGUAGAUUUAUGGUAUUCAAUCUUGGUCCUGUGGGAUGCUAUCCUGGAUACUUGGUGGAGCUUCCUCAUGCUACUUCUGACUAUGAUGAGUUUGGAUGCAUGGCUUCUUACAACAAUGCUGUAAAUGAUUAUAACAAACUGUUGAAAUAUACAUUGAGUCUAACCAGAGAAAGUUUAGUAGAUGCUUCCCUUAUUUACGUGGACACCAACUCUGCUCUCUUGGAGCUCUUUCACCACCCCACAUUUUAUGGACUAAAGUAUAGUACCAGAACAUGUUGUGGGUAUGGAGGCGGUGUGUACAACUUUAACCCUAAAAUUUUGUGUGGCCAUAUGCUAGCAAGUGCUUGUGAUGAACCCCACAGCUAUGUGAGCUGGGAUGGCAUCCAUUUCACGGAAGCAGCGAACAAGAUUGUUGCACAUGCCAUUCUAAAUGGUUCUCUUUUUGAUCCCCCUUUCCCUCUUCAUGAACAUUGUGAUCUCCAACCUAUUGGUUGAUCCAAUGCUUGCGGCUAGGGAGGGGUCUUUCUUCUUUACCAAUUAAACUAUUUUGAAAUGCUCAGCCAUCAUAUUGUUAAAUAAUGUUUUUGAUUUUUGGGGUGUCACUUUCAUGCUUGUGUGUAAUAGUUUGAACAAAAACAUGGUACUUGUUGGUAGCAUUACAAUUUGAUGAAAAACAAAAAUCAUAUACAAGUUCAAGUUAAGCUUUGAUAAAUUUCUGAAAGUGCUGAACUAAUUGGGGUUCAGAGUUGUCCUAUCUUCCUAGAAAGAUUGUUAUAUGUUGUAAUGUUUUUUAUUUGAGUAUUCACAAAAAAAAAAUGUUUUGAUUUGAGUUCCAAUAAAAAUUCCAUCAGAUUUGAGUUCUAA